AUGGGCAACGUCGAAGCAAACCGCCAACUCGCCCACAAAAUUGUUGAGACAUGGUCGAUCGAUGUAGGUGGCGACGUUGAUCCAUUUUUCAACCUCUUCCACGAUGACGCCACAUUUACCACUAUGGCGCAAAAAGGCAUGCUUCCCAUCCUCGCCGGCACACUGGACAAGAAAGGCUUCCGCGACUGGGUGUACAAGGAGACACGCGUCUCUGCCACGAAGCUGAAGGUCGAGGGCAUCACCGCGGACGAGAAUCGACUCGCCUUAGAGGCCAGCUCCGAUAUGGUCGUCAAUGGGAAUUCGUACCAAAACUGUUACCACUGGUUGUUUGAGAUCCGUGACGGCAAGAUCUCGGCGGCACGAUUCUACCUGGACACAUUGUUUGCGAAGAAGGCGAUAGAGUGGGUGGAGGAGGCCGAGGAAGCGGCGAGAACGAACCUGAAGAAAUCGGUUAACUGA